UAUAGCAUUUGGCCGCGAACACUGCUCUCACAGGCAUCUUAGGAUAAAAUUUUCUCAGUUUAUUUUUAUUGUAACUUUUAUGGUGAAAAAUAACUGUAUGAAGAAAUCAAAAAGAGCAUUUCGAAACUUGUCGUUUUUAAUUUCAAGAAGUUUUCAUAGAAUUAAUUGAUAUAUAUGUUGUGCAACGCGCAAUAUGAUGACUUUCUAACGAAGACCAUUGGUGCCAUAUUCAAUGACAGCAAUUUCAUCAACGUCAGUCGACAAUGUUGCCAUGUUCACCAAAACGAAAAUGUGUUUUUGUUAUUGGCUUUAUGAUAGGCUUCGCUACAGCUCUACUCAUAUUUUCUGUGGAUGAUGAGCAUCAUGACAGCGGAAUCUGCGAACCUCAUUAUUCUUGGUUAUGCAAUGACCGCCGAUAUUUGUUGAUGCAGAAGCAAUUGUUGUCAAAGCCUGGAAAAAGUAUACAAGAAGAGAUAACGGGUUUUGGUUCACAGAUGAAUGGAGCCCAAUUAAAUGUGAAAGCCAACUCGACCUAUGACAGCUGGUUGAAAGCUCAAAAUGUUACAACAACGAAUAUAGAUAUGGAUCUUAAACAAUAUGGGCCCAAAGGAAAGGCUCAAAUGGCCAAAAAAGUUCUUGAGUCAGAAUGGCUCAAGUCUAAAAUUCACGUUACGUGUAUUGUUUUCGUUGAAAAAUUAAAAAGAGCUGAGUCAAUAGUUGACUCCUGGGGAUCGAGUUGCAAUAAAUUGUACUUUUUUAGUGACCGCCUCAACGACACAAAGUUAUCUGUACUACAAUUUCCCAUAAAGUUGGUGUCCUCAUGGCAAAUGUUAUGUGAAACCAUGAAAUAUAUCUGGAAAUUCACAAAAAACUCCGAUUCUUCAGAUAGUGACAAAAUCUUAGAAUGGGCUAUUUUUGUAAAAGAUGAUACUAUGGUGAUACCUGAAAAUUUGAGAUAUCUCGUCGCCUCUUUGGAUUACAACCAAGGACAUUAUCUUGGACAUCCUGUUGUUUUAUGGGGACAGGCUUACAACGUUGCUCAAGCUGGUUUCGUACUUAGUAAACUUGCGUUCCGCAAAAUUGUUGAAAAUUUUAAUACUAGCCAAAAGUGUAUGACAGGAGGAAAAUAUUGGAAAAAGGAAGAUUAUUAUCUUGGUAAACAUUUAGCAUUAUUGGGUAUUCAUCCGUCGGAUACUCGAGAUCACCGUCUCAGGGGUGUGUUCCAUGGUUACGCAUUGCAGACUCUAUUGUGGGGAAUUGCCCGCCCUGGAAGCUAUUUCACAAGGGCUUUAUAUCCACCGGGUCACAAUUGUUGUUCACCUCGAUCGAUAAGCUUCAGUACCUCAGACCCAGAUAAAAUGUACACGGUUAAUUACAUGCUGUAUCAUUUACAUGUAUAUGCAAGACCAGGAAUCUAUGGUAAUGACCCAGCUCCGACACCGAUGCCAGAAGAAGAGGUGUGGAAAUCAGCGCUUCGUGAAGAAUUCAACAUUACAGAUUUUAGUCACGUUGAUAGUGAUCGGUACUACGAAAUUUGGAGUUCGCGAUACUCCGGACCUGAACAGCUGAUCCGUAAAAACAUCUGGAAUCUGAAAAAUCGUAGACGACUUUCAUCGUCUGACCAUAGAACCAAAAGCGUAAAUGAUAAUUGAUAGUCUGCAUUCCCAAAAUGCAAUAAUAACCGAAAAGAGCAUUUACCAGCCUGAAGCCUUCAUGAAUUGGUAUCAUAUGAUGUGAGCUACUGCGAACUCUCCAAGAAAGCAGUAUGAUUAGAUCGUAAAAUGUGAUUUGAUCACAACACAAUCCAGAAAUCAGAGAAAAAGUGUCGAUAAAAUGCUGGAAACUGUUUUUACGGAGUUAAUUGACUGCGUUGGCAAGGCUGAUUAACUAAAAACCUUGGCCUAUGCUGAAUAGGUAACUCAAUACGUUUUCGUUCAAUAUGCUUCCCUGGGCUAACUUCACUUUUGCGAUCCAUAAUCUUCUCCUAACUAAAAACAAGUGGUGUGCAAUCAUCGAACUUCGAGAUUUUUAUUGUUAUUUUAUUUUCAUGGUAAUACUGGACGUUCAUUUAGGUGAAGUUCAGAUAUACAGUGAACAACUUUCGAUACCUUAUACAGAUUAUAGGGUAGCCUGGCAAUAGUCAGAUAAGACUGAAUAACUCAAGAAACUCUUAUGAGCACGUGCCUAAACUAGAGAAUAUGAAAGAUCGGUGUACUUAAGCCGUUACCGUUUAUACGCGUCAUUCUCUUAUUUCGGUUAACUCGUCCUACAUCCAUUUUCUUCAAGCUUAAUCUAAGUUUCAAUUCAGUUCUUAUGGCGAAGCUAUAUGGACAAAAUCAAACCGAGUUUAGACCGCGUUGAAGGAAACGGCCUUAAGAGAUUUAGAAGAAUUCAGUAGUUUUGAUUAUUAUGAUCAUGAAGUAACGUUUACGCGCAGGCAAACGCUAGUUUUAAUUAUAUUGCGUGUGUGUGAAAAAAUCGAACUCCGUCCAGUGUUUAUGAAAAUGUAUUUUUACUCGGACAUUAUUCUGUAACUUGAGAGAGAUAAUCUUUCAAAUGUUCUGAUAAUUACUCGAAUAGUACAAUUUUUAUCACAAGCGGGCACCGUCUAUGAUUAAUUUUGUUAACAUUUGUGGUAUUGUUUGUUAUUAUUUUACCACAAGUUGUACGAUUUUUGUACAAUUUACAAUUCUAGAGAUCCUUCACUCUUGUUUGGGAUUACAUUCAUUGCAUUUUUACAUUUGAUGUAUAUUUUAUUAAUAUAAAUUAUUGUAACUACUAUCGUCACCGUCUUCGAACUCCAAAAUUAGGUAAAAUGGCUCAGAUAUUUUUUAUUCUGCGUACGAGCAUUACUGUUAUAAAAUUUUAUCCUUUAAAUAAAGAAAAGUUAUAUUUUACUCUUA